AUCUGCUUAGUGACCUCCGGUACGAGGAAGGGAUAAUUCCUUGUUUCCUUGAGUAGGGGUACAACAGUAACACCGCACGCUGCCUGCUUCCGUGUCCUCAUUCCAUACGUAUUCUUUCUCCCCUUCCUCCUCCUUUCUCUUUCUUCACCGUAGAAUCCGAACCCUUCUUCACUAAGCUACUCAUCAUCGUACAGUGUACGUAUACGUAUUUGUAUUCGACUACACAUGUAUGUAUACAUGUGAUGCAUAUAUAUGUAUACUCGUGUAGAUUUACUGGCUUCAGUUGGCGCCUAUUUCAAUUCCUUUGAAGAAAUAUUGUAAAGAAAGGCAGAAGAGAACAAUGGCGGUGACGAGGGACGAUAGGUCGGAGAUAGCUUUCUUCGACGUGGAGACGACGGUGCCGUUCCGACCCGGGCAGGGUUUUGCAAUUCUGGAAUUCGGAGCCGUUCUGGUCUGCCCCAGGAAGCUUGUGGAGCUGCGUAGUUACUCUACUCUGGUCCGACCCGCCGAUCUCUCCCUUAUCUCCUCUCUCUCUGUCCGUUGCAACGGCAUUACUAAGGAUGCAGUUGUUGCUGCGCCCACUUUCGCUGAUAUUGCUGAUGUAGUUUAUGACCUCCUCCACGGGAGGAUAUGGGCCGGUCAUAACAUUUUGAGAUUUGAUUGUGCUCGCAUAAGAGAGGCGUUUGCUGAUAUUAACAGGCCAGCUCCAGAGCCCAAAGGAACUAUUGAUUCGCUAGCUCUAUUAACACAAAAGUUCGGAAGGAGAGCUGGUGACAUGAAGAUGGCAAGUCUUGCUACAUAUUUUGGGCUUGGCCAGCAAACACAUAGGAGUUUGGAUGAUGUUCGCAUGAAUAUUGAAGUCCUCAAGUACUGUGCAACAGUCCUGUUUUUGGAAUCCAGCCUUCCAGACAUAUUUACUGAGAACAGCUGGGUUUCUCCCAAUGCUACCACAAGAAGUCGAAGUAAUGGAAUAAAUUCCAUGGAGCAGACGGGACAGAAUGAAAGUACGGAAUCUACAAGUGUCAAGGUUGAAACUCAUCCAGUGUCGGCCCCAUCAGAUAACAUGAUGGAGGAAGAUCAUUCAAUGCGAUCACCUGUGACACCUAAAACUGGUGAAGUAAAUUUGCCACUGAUUGAAUCCAAACCAGCAGGAGAUCACCAUUUUAAUCUGGCAAUCUUACGUGAUACCGUGACCCUUGAUGCUGAAAUGGAAAAGGAACCUCUUCCCGGGGAGGGUAUGGAAGAAGAGCAAACUGGCUCUACAUCUCAAGAAUGUUCAACUUCUCUAGGUUAUGAGCGUUCCUACAGCUGUGGUGACUUCUUGGAGCCCGAUGAUAUUUCAAUAUCUUCAAUAUCCGUCUCCCUUGCAGCCUUUUACCGCGGAACUCAAAAAAUACAAAUAUUGUACCAAAAUUGUCCAUUGCAACUUCAAUGUACAUGCCUGAAGGUUCGCUUUGGAAUCAGCACAAAGUUUGUUGAUCAUGCUGGUCGGCCACGAUUGAGUUUUGUGGUGGAUGCAUCUCCUAGUCUCUGCAGGAUUCUGGACACAACUGAUAGUCUUGCCAAGAGGUUGUCUGUUGAUUCUGGUAGCUCAUCCGAAUGGCGACCUACGGUAACCAGAAAACCAGGCUACUAUAACUCUCCCACUGUCCGAUUGCACCUACCGACUGUAGCAGACGGUGAAAUCACCCGAUGGGCAACAGAAAUAUACCACAAGGACAGUUCCGCCACACAGAGACUCGUGUUUAGUAGAUUUGACAUCGUCGAGCUGGAUUCCUUACUCACUCCGGGUAAUCUCAUGGACGCCUAUUUCUCCUUGGAUGCCUAUGAUUAUCAGCAGAAUGCUGGCAUCAGGUUAGUAGCAAAAAAACUGAUUGUUAUUCAAGCUGAUAGAUAAGUGAACCAUAAGCUGAUUGCUCGCCCCAAACAGAUGGAUCAGUUGCUCCUAAAGAGAUACGUCUGAUCUUUUUUAGGAAAUUUGUAUUUCUCGGUUGUAAAGAUGGUUAGAUUUAACUUUAUGCUAGAAGUGACAGCAAUUGUAUGAAUUACUUUCUUCAACAAAGUGUUGGCUUCCUCAUCAAUGGACUUUUGAUUUGGGGUAAAUUA